CUAAUAAUAAUAAAUGAGCAUCAUCUUCAAUAUGUCUGAAUAGUCGUUCAAUCAUCUUGAUACACCACGAAUAACAUGCAAAAGAUAUCGGAGGAUUCACGAAUUAUCCUUUCGGAGACUGAAACGACCAAAUUAUCAAGUGGGGGAAAAAAGCCCUGCGACAUAAAAAAAAAGCAGAUUUCUGAAGAUAAAGUUGUCAAAUUUCGUUGUGAUUUUCCUUCUACGCAAGUUGAAGUAAUGUUGGCAAGAGGUUGGGCACAGAUAGUCGACCCCGAAGAUACUAGCUGGCACCUGUGGUGGUGCGAAACAGGGGAUGGGCUGCGACAGGCGUUGGACGGGGAUCGGAAGAAGCUGCGUCCUUACCAGCGGGUGCCGCAUUUCCGUAACCACUAUGAGCUCACGCGGAAGAACUACCUGUACCGCAAUCUCAAACGCUACAGAAAGGCUCUCAUAAGGGCUGGAAAAACAGCCGAGGCUCGCAUCAGCGAUGCCAUGCCUGUGACCUUCGAGCUGCCUAGCGACUACCGGAUGUUCGUCGAGGAAUAUCACAAGCAACAAGGAGCUACGUGGAUCGUCAAACCAGUAGCGAGAUCACGAGGCAAGGGUAUCUUUCUGUUUAGGAAGCUGAAGGAUCUUGCGGAAUGGAAAAGCAGAGGGGCUAAGUCGCAGCAAUCGGGAAUUCCAACUGAGAUUUAUGUCGUUCAAAAAUACAUAGAUAAUCCUUAUCUCGUCGCAGGGCGAAAAUUCGAUCUACGGAUUUAUGUAUUGGUGACAUCAUUUCAUCCUUUGAAAGUGUGGCUGGCCAGAGAAGGUUUUGCCCGUUUGUGUGGCCAAUUGUUCGAUCUGGAAAACAUUGACGACAACAGAGUGCACUUGACGAAUACGGCAAUACAGUUGAAAGCAAGUCAGAAUGCCGAGGGUAUCUCUUCAAUGAAAGGCAAGAACGGGGAAUGGAACUGCAAAUGGGCAUUGAACAAGCUCAGAGAUUAUUUGACAGCUUAUUACAAGGCGGAAGUUAUUGAAAAUUUGAUGCAACGCAUUGCAGGUGUAAUAAUGGGGAGCCUACUGGCAGUACAACCAGCCAUGAUGCAGGAUCGCAACUGUUUCGAACUCUAUGGCUACGAUAUAUUGCUCAGCGAUGAUCUGCGACCUUGGCUAUUGGAAAUUAACGCAUCCCCAGCUUUAACGGGCACCGACAACGAGGAUCAACGUUUGAAAUCCGAUCUGGUCGACGACGUUCUCAACGUCCUCGACUUUGAGGGUCGCUUCAGCGGACACGAGACCAGAAUCGGAGGGCUGGAUCUGCUCUGGGACGACGGACCAGUUUGGACCAGCUGCCCAUACCCCGGCAUUCGCACGGAUGCAGUUUCCAAUGAUCUCAGGAGGCUCAACAUCUUUCUCGGAGCAAUUAAUGAUCGUCAAAAGCAACUCUCUUUAUUAAGAAGUCAGCUGAUUGAAAAACGUAAAGCAGGCCAAACGUACUCUCCCAUGGUGCAAUAUUGUUUAAAAUAAACUCAAACAACUUUUAAGAUCGUCCAUGUUUAAAUUAUAUUUUAAAAAUUUAUUAAUCGACACGUAAUUUCAACAAUUCACUACCCUUAUUAGCCUCAAUUAUUACCUAAAUAUUUUUUACGUAGUUGAUAUACUUGAUAUUUGAUAUCCACAAAAUUAGCUCGUGAAAUUUCUGACUUCUCUUCUGAGUUAUUAAAUAUUAUUCGCAAAACUGUGCCGUUACGCAGAAAGAAUGCAGCUGGUGCACUCUCGCUUUUACAUCACAUAUCUUGUCUUCGUCAUUUUUUUCUUCGUUUCCAGCGUCAAAACUAAAUUUAGCCCAAGACUUGCGCGACUUCGUAACCACAUUAACCAGUCUUUUCUACUUGAUUAUAUCUAAAUGUUGUUUAAAUCAUUUAUUUAUGACAGCAAAAGUAUCUUGAUUACGUUCUCAUUUAUUUCUUUUUUCUUUAUCACAUAGAUUAUACAUAAGUAAUAUUG